AAAAAAAGGGGAAUUUAAAUUAACGAUUUUUGAAAAAAAAAAAAGAAAAAGAAAAAGAAAAACCCCAAAAUCGGUCUUUCUGCAUUCGCUUUCCAAAACCCCCUCCCCACUACUCAUCCAUCGACUUGAAAAAGUAAGAAUCACAGUUCUGUUUCGCUCUUUCUCUCUCUCUCUCUCAGAUCGUUGAAAGUUGAAAACUCCACCGGAUUCCGGCGGUUUCUCUUGCCGGCGUUGGUGAUGUGGUAAUUCAAGUGUGUUCCUCUUUGAUCUGCAUACCAAUCAAUCCUCUGGUUGUUUGAUUGGUAGAGUAGAGCUGGAUGGGAUGGCUUCCAAGCCGUGGCUUUAUCCAGCUCCAACUUAUCGUAGCUUAGAGACAUUUUGGGACACCGAUGAAGACGCUCCCGGUCCCCGCUGCGGCCACACCCUCACCGCCGUCGCCGCCACCAAAACGCACGGCCCCCGCCUCAUCCUCUUUGGCGGCGCCACCGCUAUUGAAGGCGGCAAUGGUGGCCCCGGCAUCCGUCUUGCCGGCGUAACCAAUGCUAUUCAUUCUUAUGAUGUUCUCACCAGAAAAUGGACCAGACUACAACCAGCUGGAGAGCCACCUUCGCCGAGGGCCGCACAUGCAGCUGCAGCUGUUGGAACUAUGGUUGUAUUUCAGGGCGGCAUAGGACCUGCUGGCCAUUCAACUGACGACCUAUAUGUUCUUGACUUGACCAAUGACAAAUUGAAAUGGCACCGAGUUGUAGUUCAAGGCCAGGGUCCUGGCCCAAGAUACGGCCAUGUUAUGGACUUGGUUGCGCAAAGAUAUCUUGUUACCUUUAGUGGCAAUGAUGGGAAGAGAGUUCUGUCGGAUGCCUGGGCUUUGGAUACUGCUCAGAAACCAUAUGUCUGGCAAAGGCUGAAUCCAGAAGGUGAUAGACCCUCUGGUAGAAUGUAUGCAACUGCAAGUGCGCGCUCAGAUGGGAUGUUUUUGCUCUGUGGUGGGAGAGAUGCUUCAGGCACGCCCCUGGCAGAUGCUUAUGGACUACUCAUGCAUAGAAAUGGCCAAUGGGAAUGGACUCUUGCUCCGGGGGUUGCAGCUUCAGCAAGGUACCAACAUGCUUCGGUCUUUGUUGGUGCACGAUUACAUGUUACAGGAGGUGUACUUAGGGGUGGUCGUGCUGUGGAAGGUGAAGCAGCUAUAGCAGUAUUGGAUACAGCUGCUGGAGUUUGGUUAGAUAGGAAUGGGCUGGUAACUUCUUCACGUAAUAACAAAGGGCAAACAGAGCAUGAUCCUUCAUUAGAGCUUAUACGACGCUGUCGCCAUGCAGUUGCAUCUGUUGGUGUUCGGAUAUACUCUUUUGGUGGUCUUAGAGGAGAUAUUCUAUUAGAUGAUUUACUGGUUGCAGAAAAUUCUCCAUUGCAAUCUGACUUAAACUCCCCAGUUUUAUCAUCUGAGCGAACCCCAAUAAUGGGGACUGCUAGAUCAGUCAAUUCUGAUGCAACUCCAGACGGAAAUGUCAUCUCAUCUGGUGGUUUAAGCAUGGACAGGAAUUCUAUGGAGAAACUGGCUGAGGCUUCUGCUGCUGAAGCUGAGGCUGCUAAUGCUGUCUGGCAAGCAGCACAGGCUGCAUCUAACAAUCCUGAAGAAACAUCUGUAUCUGAUGAUAAUUCCCAAGCUGCAGAAACCACUUCAGACGGUAGUGAUGGUGAAGUGGAUGUCCGCCUUCACCCCAGAGCUGUUGUAGUUGCAAAAGAAGCUGUUGGUAACCUAGGAGGAAUGGUAAGGCAAUUGUCCUUGGAUCAAUUUGAAAAUGAGAGCCGGCGAAUGGUUCCAUCUCAAAACGAUCUGUCAAAUCCAACCAAAAAAUUUACUAGGCAGAAAUCUCCCCAGGGGUUGCAUAAGAAGAUCAUAUCAACUCUGCUUAGGCCUCGGAAUUGGAAAGCUCCUGUCAACAGAAAGUUCUUUCUGGAUUCUUAUGAAGUGGGUGAACUUUGUUAUGCUGCUGAGCAGAUCUUCAUGCAUGAGCCCACUGUUCUACAACUGAAAGCUCCAGUCAAAGUGUUUGGUGAUCUCCAUGGACAGUUUGGUGAUCUAAUGCGACUGUUUGAUGAAUAUGGAUUUCCUUCCACUGCCGGAGACAUAACUUAUAUUGACUAUUUAUUUCUCGGCGAUUACGUUGAUCGAGGACAGCACAGCUUGGAGACCAUCACUUUGCUUCUAGCUCUAAAAAUUGAAUAUCCUGAGAAUGUUCAUUUAAUACGAGGCAAUCAUGAGGCUGCAGACAUCAAUGCACUUUUUGGUUUUCGAAUUGAAUGCAUUGAAAGAAUGGGAGAGAAUGAUGGAAUCUGGGCUUGGACGCGUUUCAAUCAACUGUUUAACUAUCUUCCACUUGCUGCACUUAUUGAAAAGAAAAUCAUCUGUAUGCAUGGUGGUAUAGGGAGGUCAAUAAAUUCAGUUGAACAAAUUGAAAAAAUAGAAAGACCAAUAACAAUGGAUGCUGGCUCCAUAGUGCUUAUGGAUUUACUAUGGUCUGAUCCCACGGAAAAUGAUAGUGUGGAAGGAUUGAGACCAAAUGCAAGAGGGCCCGGUCUUGUGACCUUUGGGCCUGAUCGUGUUACAGAUUUCUGUAAGAGGAAUAAAUUGCAAUUAAUAAUAAGAGCACAUGAGUGUGUUAUGGAUGGAUUUGAACGUUUUGCCCAGGGGCAGUUGAUCACACUAUUUUCUGCUACUAACUAUUGUGGAACUGCCAAUAAUGCUGGUGCAAUACUGGUAGUUGGGAGAGGACUUGUUAUAGUUCCUAAAUUGAUUCAUCCAUUGCCACCGCCUCUUCUAUCCCCAGAUACAUCUCCAGAACGGGUCACUGAAGACACAUGGAUGCAGGAACUAAACAUUCAAAGACCACCUACCCCUACUCGUGGUCGCCCUCAGCCUGACCUAGACCGGAACUCACUUGCUUAUAUAUGAGCAGGCAUUUCAUUGAAUAUAAGUUCUCCAAUAUUCUCCCAUUCAGGAAUUGACAAACUCCUUUCUGAAUGGCGCAUCCUUACAGUUUCAAGGGAAGUAGUGAAAUUGACCAUAUAAUGCCAUACAAGUAAAAGAACUAUUUUAUGUUUCUCAAAUACAGUUGAGCGGCCAUGCAUGGGUUCUGCGUUGUGAACAUAGAUAGUGAGAUGCAGAAGAUGGCAGCUAAGGUUGUGUCGUGCCGAUAUUCUGAAGCGUAUGACUGGUUGAGUUGUGUAUUUCUAUUGUAAAAAGCAAUAGGUUUUACUUGUGGAACUGAUUGAUUUGUAUUGCGAAGUAUAUGUUGUUUUAAUAUUAAUAUAUAUGCACAGAUGAAUAGCCAAUGCCAUUGAUUCAGAGUCUUAGUUUUGGAAAAUGUAAUGUAAUCUUAUAUUGAGUUGCUUCCCUAGCUAACGCGAUUGAUUCAAUUUUCAACAAUCUGUUAUUGCUUUUUUA